GGAUGUACUAGGAACACGUAAGAUUAAUUAUGUAACAAUCAUCCGGAAGAUAACAACACGACUUUUGAAUUCAUUUCAGUUUUAUAUGGAAAACAGGAGGAACAAAGGUAUAUAACGUCAUUGAACAUCAGUUUGGAAUCAGUUACUACACUGAACUAUGAAACUAUAGGAAUUCAGAAUAAGUUUUUGAACAUUUCAUACAAAAUUUCAAAAUGCACUCAGAAUCAAAUAACAAAUUGGAAUUUCCACCAAUCAGUGGUUAUGAUUUUGAGGUGACGACGACACCCAAAGAAAAGCGAUACAGCGAGUUUGACUUCACUGCGACGACACCAAGGAGUAAAGGUCUGGAUGGAAUUGAUGAGAAAAAUGAAUCGCCCAAAAGAAAAGAAAUUACUCCAGAAAUAACGCCAUUAUUUAGGGAAUUUUGUGAUAAUGCGUCAGUUCAUGGAGUGAACCAUUUAAGAACUGAAAGAGUGAAAGUGAAGCGCUGGGUGUGGACAAUUUUUGUGAUUCUUGCAUUAGGUUUUAAUUUAUUCCAUUGCUCUCUCCUUAUUGACAAAUAUCUUGGUUUCCCAUCAGAGGAGACACAAUUCGUUGACCAAUCAUGGAUUGAAUUUCCUUCCGUGACAAUAUGUAACAUAAAUGCCAUGUCAAGAAUCACACGGAAGAAAAUGUUGGAAGACAACAGCACGCUGCUUUACAAAUGGCACGAUUAUGUGAACAAUCGAUUUGAGGCAUUAGUGUCUGAUCUGGCAGAUGGAUAUUCAUUAGAGGGGUCUAAUCUACUUGACACCCUUGAACUAUUAUACAACAGGGUGCAUCUACCAACUGGGUAUCUCGAAAACAUAGGUGAGGAAGCCCUAGAAGUAGGACACAAACUGAAUGAUCUUGUCGUCGAUUGUACAUUCGGCAUAACAAAAUGCCAUGCAGUGAAUUUCACCGCUUUCUUUGAAUCAACCUAUUAUAACUGUUAUACAUUUAACGGUGGGAAUGUAUCUACGAGUCAUAACAAUCUAAUCACGCGUACAACUGGGCCACAAGAGGGGCUUUCCAUUAUCAUGUACCUAGAGAGUGAUAAUGGUAACAUUAACGAAAAUGGCAGUUAUUUAACAAUGUCGAAGUUGAACAAUGCAGCAGGAGCAAGGGUGAUGAUUCAUGCCCCGAAUACAAUGCCAAGCCCAACAGAUCAAGGUUUUGAUAUUCCACCAGGUUUUUCUAGCUCUGUUGGGGUCUCGGUGUCAACAAGGACUCGUCUAGGUGAGCCAUAUGCUAAAUGCAGCAAGAGGGAGAUUAACAUUGGCACGGAUUACCUCUAUUCAGAUAACAUAUGCCUGAAGUUAUGCCAGCAACGAUAUGUCAUGGGGAACUGUAAUUGUAUCAGUUCUUUACUACCAUUCGACCGCAGCACAGACUUGUACUUCUGCGGACAUAUGGAUUAUAACAAUAACGCAAGCUUUUUUGAAAAUAUGGCGUGUGAAUCACGAGUCCUUGAAGAAUUUGUACAUAAUGAGGAUGUCCGUCGAGAAUGCGGAUGUCAUCCUCCGUGUAAUAACUACAUCUACAAUUACCAAACAUCACAAUCAUACUGGCCAUUAGAGUACUACCAAGCAGAUUUUUACGACUUGUAUAUACUCAGUGACCCUAAUAAGGAGAACCUUAAAGCAUACCAGAACCUAAAACAUCACAACGUACCACAAUUGAUCGAAAAGGGACUUAUAAGGAAGAACUUCCUGAGGCUGAAUGUAUAUUUGAAAGAUCUGACAAUAGUCCAACACAUAGAAAAGAGGUCAUAUGCAAUUGAGAAUUUAUUCAGUGACGUUGGAGGAACAUUUGGACUAUGGGCUGGAAUGUCGAUAUUAACAAUAUGCGAGUUCAGUGAACUAUUUUUUCGAGUAAUGGCUAUCUUAGUUAGUAAAUUCUUAUCCAUAUUUGGACCUAUGUCAACCCGUGCGGUUGUUGAGGAUUCAAGUUCUAACAGUCAUACACCAGUAAGAAGGACUUAAUUACCUAAACUCAAACAUCCUGGACUUAAAAUAGCGAGGACUUUAUCUCCUGAACCCAAACAUCUGAACUCAAACAUUCAGGACUUAAAAUUGCCAGGUUUUAAACAAAACUACCAUGACUCAACUUUAAACAUUUCUACCUUUUUACAAUGACAUAAACUUAAUUAUAAGGAGAAACCAUUUGCUAAAUGUGAUUCAGAUUUUUUAUUGAAAUAAAGAUAAGGCAAAGUUUGUAAAUAAAAAACAAAUAAAAAUUAAA